AUGGGCAAUAUUGGUAGCAGAGUUGAUGAAGGGUCACUCCUGUACCUAAAGGAUCAAACAAGGUUCUUCAUUAAUUCCGUUGUCAUCAGCAACAGUCGCGGUAGAGUUCUGCUCACUGUCGCACCGAAUGGGUACCCAGCCUCACGUCUUAUUGGCAAACCUGACGCGACAGACUAUCGACCGAUCUCUUACAUCCAAGACCCUGAUUCCCCAGCCCUUGUAUUUCUUCCAAGACUGGAUCUUGAAGAUGAAUUAGACUUUCGAUUCAUAUUCGUCAGUCGACAGAAUUCCGCCCCCUUACCCGCCACACCCUCUACGGCGACUGCCGCUGUCGAUACAACCAUCAAUGGCCUGACUUUUGCAUACGCCCCGAACGGCAAAGAAUUGGAUACACUGGUUACCCGGGAAUUCCAUGCAGACCCUAAUCUCCACAAGAAUUCAAAUGUACAAUUUAUUGGCGACUUUGGAACAAACGGAAGCCCUUCCGUGACAUACGAAUGGAAUUGGCGUUGGAAACCUCCGAAGCCCUACGAGGACCGAGGCGGUGGUUGGCGCAACUGUUGCAGUUUCCUCGAGUACGACUCCAGAGCGCACAGACUAAACACUCUUGCGUCCUUUUCCUUUUGGGUGAAUAACGCUACUCUGCCGAGUCUGACACCGCUUGCUUCCCCCAAUGUUGAUCUUAUGGUUCCCCCGCCAAAACAGCGCCUGCCGUCUUCUCAAUCGUACCAGUCUGCAGUCAGUGACUCGGAGGGACCGUCUGAUCAUGCAAAUCCGCCGUCCCCACAUGUCUAUUCGACAGACUUCAGUUCUACCGCCUCAACUGUGGCACCCCCAGUCCCAGUGAUCGACGUCCAGUGUCAGCGGCCCGGAGGGGACGUCAGCGCAGUUGAGGAUGGGCCGUUAUUCAGAGCCACGAUGAAAUCGUUAGAGCAGAAAACGGGUACCAUGAGGGUGCAAAUCAAGAAGGUCUUGAAGAAGGCAGAAGCCGCCCAACAGGCGCAAGCUGAGUGCAAUCAAGCUAUGUCCGCCUUCCUGAGCGCUCUCCAAGAAGCAUCGGCCUCAAACGCCACCGCUUUUAAGCCCGCCCUUGACCACUAUUUCACGAACAUUGCGCAGAGGAUCCUUAAGUAUGAAAAAGAGAACAGUGUACUCUUGCAGAAACAGAUCAUCGAACCCAUCUCCAAACUCUACAACCUCGACAUCAAGCAAGCCGAGGCCAAGAAGAAGGACUUCGAAGACGAGAGCCGGGACUACUACGCCUACGUCAGUCGGUAUCUCGGUCAGAGGCAAGAUUCGCUCAAAGACAAGAAACGCGCAGAAAGCGAUUCGAAAUAUCAGACCAAAAAGCGCAAUUUUGAGCUCAAGAGAUUUGACUAUUCAACUUUCAUGCAAGAUCUCCAUGGAGGACGCAAAGAGCAAGAGCUUCUCUCCCAGCUCACGAAAUAUGCCGAUGGUCAGGCAAAGUCGUUCCUGGCAGCGGCCAAAAAGGUGGAUAGCCUCAUGCCACGACUGGAUGCUCUGGUGAAAGAAGUGUCCGAGAUUGACAAAGAGUACAAUCUACAGAGGACCGAGCGAGAGGAAAAGCGCAGAAACUUGGAGAUGAACGGACCUAUCCCAGUGGAGCCAGAGCCGGUGCACCUUUCUACGAGCGUGGCGAGCCACACCCCAGCUCAGAACGGACAUACAGGGUCUACUUCUGACACUGACCUGAGUAGGGCGGACAGUGCUAGCUCACAGUUCGGCCGCAGUUCGGUCAAGACUCUAUCCCCUACCAGUAGUUCAACAUUGCAAGGUCCGCCGAACGCCAUUUUGUCAACAUCACCGGGGAGCUCUUCGAUAAUGCCGACGCCAAACAAGUUCAAGGGUAUUCGUGACCUGGAUGAAAACUCGGUGUUGACGACUGAUAGAUCAACUGUCGGGAAACACCGGAAAGAAGGGUUGCUGUGGGCACUGAGCAAACCAGGCUCACAUAUAGAUCCAAAGGGUAUCAACAAGCAGGCCUGGCACAAGUUUUGGAUCGUGCUUGAUCAGGGCAAACUAUCAGAGUACAGCAAUUGGAAAGAUAAAUUGGAUCUACAUCGGGACCCUAUCGACCUGCGGAUGGCUUCAGUGCGGGUCGCACGAGACGCAGAACGACGCUUCUGUUUCGAGGUGAUUACUCCUCAGUACAAGCGAGUUUACCAGGCCACGACCGAGGAUGAGAUGAAUAAUUGGAUUAAUUCCAUCAACAACGCUCUUCAAAGUGCGUUCGAGACUGGCCCUCGCACGGCUCAGCAACCACGAAAAGAGCCCAAUGGACGCGAGUUUGGAGCUAUGUUGACCGGGAAGAGCUCAUCUCAGUCUGGGCCGCACGGUUACUCACAUCGCACUGAUACUUUCGGAGUGUCGCGGCGGACAACAGUCGGUUCCAGACCCACGUACAUCCGCUCAACCAGUAACACCUACGAGGAAAUCCCUUCCAAACUCCUUGAUCAGCUCCGAAACAACGACCACGGGAACAAGUAUUGUGCCGAUUGUGGUUCUACUUCUAAGGUUGAGUGGGUUUCUCUGAAUCUGGGCAUCAUUUUGUGCAUUGAGUGUGGAGGCAUCCACCGCUCCCUGGGAACUCACGUGUCAAAGAUUCGAUCCCUGACUUUGGACGUUCAUUCCUUCACGGUCGAUAUUGUCGAGCUUUUCAUGCUGAUCGGCAACCGAAUCAGCAACAUGGUCUGGGAAUCCUUGUUGGACAAGUCCAUCAAACCCGGGCCUAAUGCCACGAGGGAUCAGCGGCUAAAAUUCAUCACCGCCAAAUAUGUUGAGAGGGCUUUUGUCGAGCCAGUAUCUCAACAUGGGACAGCGGACGACACCUUACUGACAUCGAUUAAGAAGCACGAUAUUCAGGGGGUUUUACUAGGCCUCGCCCAGCGCGCCAACGUCAACGCUCACGACCGGUCGAGAAACACGCACGCCGUCUUUCUAGCCCUUGCGGCCGCCGACCCUGCUCGGCCAGUGUCCUCUCAUUCUGCUACACCCUCACCUGGACUGAAAGCAUUCCCAAUGGCGGAACUAUUAGUACAGAAUGGAGCGGAAAUCCCGAUCGAGCCACCCCCAAUACCAUUAUCGCCAGCCGCACAGCUCUACAUAGACCAACGCACGUCUCGAGCGCCCAGGAAUCAUUCCGGCCACGGCGACACACUCGGCCCUCUUCCAGCCAUGUCCAAGGCACCACCGUUCCCCUCCUUUGAUGGCACCACAAAAUUGCAGAAACGAGGUAGUGCCGGUGCAAGAUUUGCUGGGAAAGUAACGGGACUGGGUGAACGAUAG